CGGAACUCCAGCGAGAGCAACCACUACCGCCGCCCACCGCCGCCGGCGACGGGCACAUGGCCGCGGGGUUCGUGGCGGGCUUCCUCCUCGGCCUGCUGCUGCUGGCGGCCGCGGAGGCCGCCGCGCUCCUCUGGGUCCUGCGCCGCCUCCGCCGCCGCCACGAGGCUGCCACGGCGGCGGCGCAGCCCGACGCCGUCGAGGAGCUGCCCGGCGAGCGCCCCUUUCCCUACGAGAAGAAGGGCUCUCUAUGGAUACUAGAGCCAGAAAAGUUACCGAAAGUUAGUAGUGAGCGCUUAUCAAGUGGAGGUCUCAAAGAGAUGAAGGACAAGAAGAGUAUUGUUGAGGUUUUUCCUGCAAAGAAGAUGGCUAAACUCAAGGGGCACUUCCUUAUUUUGUCUGGUCCUGAUGUCCCUGACACAGCGAUUGAGCUUUCGAAAUGCACGGUUGUUGCUGUUUCUGCAUCCAGUAUGCCUUCCCGCAAAUGGACUAAGAGGUAUCCGAUAAAGUUGGAAAGCCAGGAACAUGAGAUCUAUAAUGGAAGCAAGGUCUGCUUUCUUUAUGCUGAGACUUCAUGGGAGAAGGAAUCAUGGUGUAAAGCGCUUCGUCUUGCAGCUACUGCAGACAAGGAGAAAUUGAAUUGGCAUGCUCAGUUGAGCAAAGAGUUCUCUAAUUACAUAUCAUCACUAAAUUCCGAGUACCCAUGUUUCCUGAAGCCUACAGUACUUUCAGCUGAGGAUCAUGAGGUCAUGGACAGUGAAACAAAGACGGACGGGUCUUCCAAAGUUCGUCUAUUCCUCAAGAAGUUGGCCAAAAAGGCAUCUACAAAGGUUCCGGCAGAGGGUAAAACAGGUGCAGCGUCAUCCACACAAGGAGAAAAGAAGAUCUUGGAUAAAAUACGCAGCUAUCAGGGUGCGCCAUUUAUUGAAGCUUUUAUAGGUUCACAAGAGGACAAGUCCAGUAACAGCUCAUCACAAGAUACAGCGAAACCCACUGCCCCAACUGCUCCUUCGAGUCACGCUGGGCAGCUUCCAGCUUUUCCUGAUGUAAAUGUAGAUGAUAAAGCUGUAGAUGAAGGUACACUUUGUUGGAACCUUCUGUCCUCACGGCUUUUUUUCGACGCUAAAAUGAAUGAUGAGAUAAACAAGUUCAUCAAAGCACGUAUUCAGCGAACAUUAUCAAGCAUGAGGACCCCAGCUUACGUUGGUGAAAUUACACUUACGGACUUCAGUAUUGGAAAACUCCCACCGUAUGUACACGCGAUGCGAGUCCUUCCACUGGAUUUAAAUGAGCUGUGGGCUUUUGAAGUUGAUUUUGAAUAUUCCGGUGGAAUCCUAUUGCACAUUGAAACGAGGCUUGAGGUUGAGGAACCAGAGUUACAGAAGGACCUCAUGAAAACCAACUUUGGAACAGACUCUAAUGGGGAGGUUGAUUCAGAGCUUCUCGAUAGUAUUGAGCAGUAUGGUAACCAAUUUAGAGGUUCACCGAACUCGGAUUCUUCAGUGGAAGAAAAAGAAGAAGCAGAUGCUAGUCAGUCCAAGAGCACUGGAUGGAUAUCAAGGUUGAAAAAUAUGUUACAUUCAAUAGCCGAUCACGUCUCACAGGUUCCACUGUCUCUGGCGAUAAAAAUUACAUCUGUUAGAGGUGUCUUGCGAAUACAUCUGAAGCCCCCUCCCUCGGAUCAACUCUGGUUUGGAUUCACGUCAAUCCCUGAGCUAGAGUGGGACUUGGAAUCCUCUGUUGGGGACAGAAAAAUCACCAAUAAUCACAUUGCAUCACUUAUCGGUAACAGAAUUAAGGCUUCGCUCCGUGAUAGCUUGGUGCUGCCCAACUGCGAAAGCAUUCCCAUGCCUUGGAUGCUGGCAGAGAAGGAUGACUGGGCGCCUCUCAAGGAUGGACCUUACAUCUGGCUCAACCACGAGCCCACCGAGACCAGAAGCCACGCCGCAGCCGCCACGCCAACCCACCAUGAGGAAGCUGCUGCUGCCAAGGCUGACGCUAGCACCAAAAACGCAGCGCCAAGUUCACGGGACUCCUCAGCUGGGAGCGAGGAGUCACUGAGAUCCAUCGACGAGUCAGCCGAGGACCCUGUAGCUGAAUCAUCUCAUGCGCAGUCCCGUCUGGCUCCGGCCAGCGAAACUAGUACUUCUCCUUCGCACCCCGACGCUGCCAGCGAGCUGAGGAAACCGCUGCUUUCCACGGAGGACACAUCAGAGAGAAGGGGCGGCCCCCCCCUGUACACGUCCUUGAGGGCCAUCAGACCUGCAGGGCAACAGCAGCAGCAAGCGGCCCUGGCCUCGGUGGGGGAGGACGUGAAGCAGAAGAGCGGGAGGCGGAGCCGGAUGAUGGACCUGGGGAAGAAGAUGGGGGACAAGCUGGAGGAGAAGCGGCGGCAGGUGGAGGAGAAGGGGCGGACCAUCGUGGAGAAGAUGCGGGAGAACGCAAGGACCAACAGCAUGGAGAGAACCGCCAGUUAGCUGAGAACAAAGUUCAGCAGUCAGUGCUCGAUUUCCUGUUUCUCUUUUCGAUUCGGAAAUCUCUGUGUGUAGCUAUAUAGGACAGCGCUCUGUGCAACACUUGGGUUGUAACCAAUUCUUUGUUCAUGGAGUUAAGAGAGCGUUACAAGAUUAUGACA